AUGCUCUCGAGCUCGUCAACGAGCAUGCUGGCCGCUGCGAGCAGAGCGCGCCUCACCAACUCUAUUGCUCCCGUCAGACUGGCGCGAUCCUCGCCUCUGUGUCGUACUCUAGCGACGGUUGCCAAGAACAAGCCACCGACUGGUGUGCUACUCAUGAACAUGGGCGGUCCGUCCACAUCGACGACCGAGGAAGUAGGCGACUUCCUCUCACGGCUCUUUCACGAUCGCGAGCUCAUCCAGCUGCCGUGGCAGUCUCGUCUCGCUCCUCUGAUCGCCCGCAGAAGAACGCCCAAGAUCGUCAACCAGUACGAAAAGAUCGGGGGCGGGUCUCCUAUCUUGCGCUGGACAAGGACGCAGGGCAAGGCCAUGACCGAAUUGUUGGACGAGCUUCACCCAGAGACAGCGCCACACAAGGUGUACGUCGCUUUCCGAUACGCACGACCGUUGACGGAGGAAGCACUCGACGAGAUGGCCGAAGAUGGCGUCACGCGUGCUGUCGGUUUCACUCAGUACCCUCAGUACAGCUGUAGUACCACCGGCAGCAACCUCAAUGAGCUCUACCGCGAGAUUCAGAGGCGCAAAGAGCGCGGUGCACCAGAAGGCAACAUCUCGUGGUCGCUCAUCGACCGAUGGCCAACGCAUCCCUUGCUCGUCGAAGCCUUCACCAACCGCAUCCAAGCUGUGCUCGACACGUAUCCGGAGGAGAAGCGCAACAAGGUGCCCAUCAUGUUCAGCGCCCACUCGCUGCCCAUGCAGAUUGUCUCGGGUCGAGGUGACCCCUACCCCGCCGAGGUCGCCGCCACCGUCGCUGCGGUCAUGACGCGCUUGAAGUGGAGCAACCCGUACCGAGUGACGUGGCAGUCGCAGGUUGGUCCUGCUGCUUGGCUUGGUCCGCAGACGAGCGACACCAUCAAGGGCUGGGCCAAGCAAGGCCAUAAGGAUGUCAUCGCCGUUCCUAUUGCCUUUACCAGCGACCACAUCGAGACGCUCUACGAAAUCGACAUUGAGCUGCAGGAAGAGGCUGAGGAGCACGGCAUCACCCUCAAGCGUGCCGAGUCGCUCAACGACGAGCCUACUUUCAUCCGUGCCAUGGCCGAGAUCUGUGCCUCGCAUCUGUCGGCUGUCGAGGGCACGUCGAGCAAGAUCCAGGGCGAGAAGCGCGGAGAGGAUGUCUGGAGUCAGGGAUUCACUAGUAAGCAGAUGCUGCUGCGCUGUCCCGGCUGCGUCAACUCGGUUUGCGGCGAGCAGAAGGCUUUCUUCGGCCGCACCUCCCAGUAG